GAUAUGGCCGAACACUAAAUAGUCGUCGGGGCGUUGAGCACAAAAUAUUUCCCACAAUCCCUCAUGCUCGACCUUUUCUUCCGGUUCGCCGUUUAGCUGAGGAGCAGCCAUGGGCAAGUUUCUGAAACCAGGCAGAGUGGUUCUCGUUCUCUCGGGGCGUUUUGCCGGCCGCAAGGCUCUCAUUGUCAAGAACCACGAUGAUGGCAGCACAGACAGGACCUACGGCCACGCCCUGGUGGCGGGCGUCGCCCGGUACCCACGCAAGGUGACCAAGCGCAUGAGCAAGAAGCGCAUCAAGCAGCGCUCCAAGCUGAAGUCCUUCGUCAAGGUGUUCAACUACAACCACCUCAUGCCAACCCGGUACUCCGUCGAUGUGAACAUCGACAAGCAGGUCGUCAACAAAGAUGCCUUCCGGGACCCAACGCUCAGGCGCAAGGCCAAGAGAGAGGUCAAGACCAAGUUCAUGGAAAGAUACAAGACUGGCAAGAACAAGUGGUUUUUCACCAAACUGAGGUUCUGAGCACCGAGGAAGCAUGUCCUGUUUUGGCCGUCUGUAAAAUAUGUUUAAGUAUGCUGGUUUUGAGAUGAAGAGUCAGUGAUAUUAAAAUAAGGGCACCAUUGAAAAAGUGCAAACAAA